AUUAAAAAUAGUAAAGUUUUACACACAGCAGUAAAUGUAUAAAGAACUGAUGGUCCAUGAAGACGCGUCUGUUUUAGCCAUCAGCGAGUCUGGACCGAUGACGCAGCGCAGGACGCUCCUCCAAUAGCAGAAGAGACAAAAGCUCUCGCGCUAUUUAAAGUCCUGCAGCUGAGCUGGAGAGUGAAAGUGCCGAUUACCUACUACCUGGAGGAACAAGACGCUCUAUCCUUACCUUUAGCAGGAAUUUAACAACGUAAAUGGCGGCUUCAAACAAACAGCUGACGUCGUUUUUCAUAGAGGACAUUUUAUCCUUAAAAGAAGAUCAAAAAGAUGACUCCUGCAAAUCUGAGCGCGACAGAGACGACGGCACAGACGGACGAACAGAUGCAGAGGAUAUCUCGGUCUAUCGGAGCUCUGAGGAUAAAGCACUGUCGUCCGCAGGAAAAAAGAAGCGCUCGCGCGCCGCGUUCACGCACCUGCAGGUGCUGGAGCUCGAGAAGAAGUUCAGCCGUCAGCGGUACCUGAGCGCGCCCGAGCGCGCGCACCUCGCCAGCGCGCUGCACCUGACGGAGACUCAGGUCAAAAUCUGGUUCCAGAACAGGAGAUAUAAAACCAAACGGAGGCAGUUAACGACAGAGCACAGCAAGGACUACUUUCAGAAAUCAGACGCCACCGCUAUGGCUGCAACAGAGGAGGACAUUUUUAGAGCUUCACUUUUAGCGACAGUCUACAAAUCCUAUCCAUACCGGCCUUAUGUGUACAACUUACACGGACUGAGUGUAUGGAGACCAGCACUGUGAUGACCGGGACACUCACUUGGACUUUGGGAAAUUUCUCAGAUUAUUGUGAAUAAUAUUCUUAUUAUUAUUAUGGUGAUUUUUAAGUAUUGUACAGUUUUUGUAUUCUGUGUAAUAAAAUAUUUGUUUUUUUCAAA